UGCCCAUGAGCACGUCCUCACCCGGCCAUGGCCCCGCCGCCUGCGCCGGCCUGGCUGCUGCUGCUGCUGCUGCUGCUCGGCCUGCUCGGCGCCCACGGCCGCGACUUCACCCGCAAGGACAUCGUCUACCUCCACCCCUCCACCACGCCGUAUCCUCGGGGAUUUAAGUGUUUCACCUGCGAGAGGGCCGCGGAUAAUUACGAGUGCAACCGCUGGGCUCCGGACGUCUACUGUCCCAGAGGAACAAGGUACUGCUUUAGCCAACACAUGAUGAAAGUCACUGGAGAGAGUGUGUCUGUCACCAAACGCUGUGUGCCACUGGAGGACUGUCUGUCCACGGGGUGCACCUACAUAAAGCAUGAAGAGUACAAGGUGUGCACGUCCUGCUGCGAAGGCAGCAUCUGCAACCUGCCCCUGCCCAAGAACUCCUCAGACGCCGUGUUCACCACCCUGUCCCCCCUCAGCAAGGCCCAGAGACCGUCCCCUCGUGUCCUGCUGACCACACUGUGCCUCUGGCUGGCGCUGGUGGCCCAGCAGUGGGUGACAAUGGCACAGCUCUGGGUGACAACGCCACAGGUGGCCGGGCCGGGAAGCUGAGCCGGGUGGGAACAUCUCCUGGACAUCCAACCUCUCUCCCUGUGGAGCUGGAGCUCUGGAGUUGGCUCUGAAAGGCUGGUUUUUUCCUCCUGGUUUCUUGGUCAUCACGGACUCCCCGAGCCUGGGGUCGGGAUGGGUUCAAAACCUCCACGUUCCUACGCUGCUUUUCCGAAGAAACUGGUGGAAAAUAUUCCCAGAAUCUUCACAGAAUCGUUUAGGUUGGGAAAGACCUCAAAGACACCGAGUCCAGCCUAAUGUUUGUUGAUGUCUGUCUUGUAUCUGUGAAGAAAUAUUCUUUCCAAGUACCACAUCCCUGCUCACAUCGUCGCUUACUCACUGGACACGUCCCUUUGUGCACUAAUUCCGGUGUCUCCUUAACCUGCUUGAGAACCCAAAAUAAAUAACACACACACUGGCAGUGUCCCCACACCUCCUGACCCUCGUGGAGAGGGCAGGAAUCCGCAGCAAGGAAGCAGCAACCUGGAAGGGAUGAGCUCCAGGGAAAGCAGCAGGAGAUUGGAGCAGCCGGUGCUGCCCCAAGGUGCUUCUGCUGAGGUGUCCAAUGGCCCCCC